AUGUCUUCCGGAGCUGGAAUCCGGCAGCUUCCUCCUGAUAUCGUCGCCAAAAUCAAAUCGUCGACAUCAAUCACCCAUUUGAAUGGAGUGAUUGUAGAUUUGGUCAAAAAUUCAUUGGAUGCAAACGCGCAGACGGUGCUCGUCUCAGUUGACUUCAAGCGUGGAAGCUGCAUCGUUGAAGAUGACGGCGAAGGAAUCCGACCUGUUGAAUUCGAGUCGACCGGUGGACUUGGAAAGGCGCACCAUACGUCAAGAUUCCAAAACACAGAUGCAUAUGGGCGUCGAGGCCUAUUCUUGGCUUCCCUGGCUUCUUUGUCCUUGUUGACCGUGACAUCCCGUCACAGACAGCAUCAGAGCACGAAUUCCGCCAUCUUUCAUCACUCGAAACCCGUUGCGCGCUUGUUUCCUGCACCAUCACAUCAAAAUCUUCGGAUUGGUGAGCAUGGCACGAGUGUCACGGUCAACAAUCUCUUCGGGAAUAUGCCGGUGCGGGUCAAGAGUCGAGCAUUGGCUCUGCAAAGGCCAGAUGAGUUGGAGAAAGAAUGGGAGAAUCUCAGAUAUUCCUUGGUCUCUUUGAUGUUGGCUAAUCCCCAGUUCUCGAAGCUCGUUAUGACCGACGUGACAAGAGACAAAAGAAUUUCCAUUCGCCUCGCCUCACUUGUGGGUGAUUCUGUGGACCAUUCUACAUCCGAAAUCGACCUCGGGCGAAUCGGAUCUAUACUCGCACAAUCUGGAAUGAUCAGCUCUCGAAACAUGGACUCUUGGCAUGUCUUGUCGGCUAUUAUUCCCGAUCUCACGAUUCGAGCUGCCAUUUCCACUGUGCCCAGUCCUUCCAAGAAGCUCCAGUUCAUUUCUUUGGGAGAUGACCCGGUCUUCUCACGGAGCAACUCGAACAUCCUAUACAACGAAGUCAAUCGAUUGAUGUCUCUGUCAGACUUCGGAAACAGCAGCUCAAUGUCUGAUGGCACGCCCUCGGUCUGUCCAUCGCCUCUACUGGGUGGCUCUCAUGGCCCAGCAAGUGCGAGUGGCAGAAGUUGGGCAAAGCCGAUCAACAAAUGGCCAAUGUUUUACAUACGGAUUGACGCAGGAAACAUCCAAGAUUUAUCUGGCGAUGAAUUAUCACCAGAUUCCGAAAGGUCGAUACAGCGUAUCACCGAUGUUCUUAGUGCUAUGAUUUUGGAGUUUCUGAAACAGCAACAUAUGCGACCCCGUCUUACAAGGCGGCAAGCCAAGGGAUCCGAUCGGACUCUAUCAACCACCACCCCUGAUCAGAGAGAUACUGGGUCGCAUUCAAUCUUCAGAGACACGGGCACGCAUUCAAGUACAGAAGAGGCAUUUAGUAGUCGACUCAAGCUUCCAUCUUUUCAAAAAUCACGUGUGAACUCAGGUCAGAGCUUCAACAACUGGUCCAGGGUCAAGUCUGCAAAAGAUCUUUUGGAUUGUGCGUCAGCAGGCGAACUUUCAAAUGAGAAUAUCAGUGCCAGAAAUGAGACUUGGGAAGAUGAGCAAAAUCACGCGUUGCCAGAACUUUCACUGGGCGCCACUGAGCAUGAACAACGCGGUUCGACUUCUUUGCUGCUGUCUGGUCAACCACCCAAGGGUUCAACGUCAUUCCAUAUCAGGAGACACUUCGUCGAGAAUGAGACGGAAGGCGACGAGCCAUCGAAAGACCCGCUAAUUCCAUUGGUAGAUCCGCAAAUAGGGAAAACGCACAUGAUUAAUUCACGCACAGGUCAGACUGUUCAUCGAAAAACUUCUGCUGGUUUUUCUUUUUGGCCCGGUAGCCUAGCUGCUAGUAGGCAACGACCGGGCCGUUCCCUAGAGGAAGAUUCCGAGACCGACCCUUUUCGGAACCAGUGGGUUGAUGGCCUCCUGGAAUCUUGGGAUAAUCCUGUUUUCGCUCGAUCUGAAAAGCCAUUGGCAACUCUUAAUGUUCCAACUAUUUCUCAUGGCUGUCUGCAAGACAUCAGAUCCCUGGAUGGAACCCAUCUUGCCAAGUUCAGGGGUAAAAUACGGCGUCACAGACUAGCAACCGCUUCAAUCAUUGCCCAAGUGGAUCACAAGUUCAUUCUUGUCAAGAUACCCUCAGAAUAUCCUCAGCAUAAUGGCGAUGAUCCCGAGGACACUCUGAUCUUAAUUGAUCAACAUGCAGCGGAUGAGCGCUGUCGUGUCGAGCGAUUGUUUGAGGACAUGUUUAUCUCAACGGACCCUGCCGGAAGAGAAACGCAAGUCCGAGUGGUUGAAGUUGAUCCUAUAGCGUUCAAUAUUUCGGCUACUGAAAGUGCACUCUUUCGGAAGUACUUGGAUCACUUCCAAACCUGGGGCAUUCACUAUGAUAUAGAUACGAAGCCAGCUGACACCAUCACUGUCUAUGUAUAUUCACUUCCAGCUCUUAUCGCUGAGCGCUGUCGAUCUGAGCCGAAUCUGGCGGCCAAUCUGCUGCGUGGUGAGAUUUGGACAUGCGAGGAAGAUAAUCGGAGGCCAUUGGGCUCAAAAAGAUCUUCCAUGAAGCACUUCACAAAUAUGUCGCCUGACGAACCGGCUGAUGCUCAUUCAUGGGUACAGCAAAUGAGUGGCUGCCCCCAGAGCAUCCUGGAUCUCCUCAACUCUCGUGCCUGUCGCACAGCCGUCAUGUUCAAUGAUCCUUUGAGUAUCGAAGAAUGCAAGGUCUUGGUCUCACGGCUGGCCAAAUGUGCAUUCCCAUUUCAGUGUGCCCAUGGGCGACCGUCGAUGAUCCCCAUUCUGGAUCUGCGGCCACACUCAGCACACGGCCUUGUGCCAUCUGAUGAAGACAUCAAUAUAUAUGAUGAUGAAAGUAACGAUGGAGGAUUGGGUUUCUUAGAGGCGUUCCGGAAACGAUAUGUAAAUUAG